AUGACAGAUUCUCUGCAUAUUCCCGAAUGGAAAAGUACAGCAGCAACUUUAUUCAAUCCUUAUUUAAAUGUUUCAAAUACAAAAGUUCCUCGUACUCCUAUGCCACGUGCUUACACUUUAACAAAUCGAACAUAUAGCGACAUAACAUCCGAUAAUUUAUCAGCGAAUAAUAGCACAAAUAUUUGCAAUAAUACGCGAAUUGAUGUUGUACCAACUAAUAUUAAAUCACAAGUUGUUUCAAAACGGAAACUUAAUACAUCUGAUGAUGUUGCCAUUUAUGUACAACAAAUGAUUCAUUCACAAUUUUGUGGCAGAAGUGGUACUCCAAGUGAUGUUCGAUAUGAUGAUAAAAAACUUCGAACAAAUAAAAGCCGCAUAACAAGUGGGAAAAGUGAGAGACAUUCAGCAAAACAACAAAAACAGCAUGAUCCUGAUUGUCCGUUUUCUCAACCAUUAAACGAUUUUUUUAGUGCAUCAGAACAACAAAUGUCUCGUAUGUUUGAAAAUGACUACAGUUCAGAUUCAAUUGAUGUUGAAAAUGUAAAAGUAGUCAGUCGCACAAAACCCAGUGUAACAUUGGGUGCAAUGUGUGGCAUAGCCCUCACUAUAGGUGAUAAAAUGGCUCAGAGCAAAGAAAAGGUUGGUCUAGAAGCUAUUCGUGGUUUUCGCCUUCCAUCAGCUCGUCUUCAAUAUGACUCGUAUGAACAUCAUCCAAUGACUGCAGCGGCUGUCCUCGGAGAACGUGAAGAAAGUGAGCCUCUUCGUAUUGCCGAUGUAUUGAAUGAUGAUAGUUUUGAACAACAACAAAUGAUUGAGAUAGUGAAUGAUUCUUACAAUUCUUCUCGAACAAGUCUUCAAAAACGACAAAUUAAAUCAUCAUUAAGUGAAAAAGAAAAUCAUAACAGUGUUAAUCAGACAAGAAAUACACCAGUCAAACAUCGCUCACAAUCAUCUCGUAUAUUCUCAAAAGGAAAUGAUAUUCAAAAGCUCAAAGAUUGGAGAGGAAAAAUAACGAGACCUAAUUUACCAGAUGUAAGAAGUCGAUUAAAACGACAAAAUUCUGGCAUUAUAUCCCCGCCAAGACCAUGUACAGCUGCGAGCACUCUGUCAAAAUCUCGACCAGAUUCGGUUGCAUUAAAUUCAACUGAUUCUAUAUUUGUUGAUACAACAAGUAGAAAAAAUACAUUUGACCGCGAAGACAAUUCUCCAACUACAAAUGCUAAGAGUGCACCAACUAGUUCAUUGAAAAGUCCAGGUAAACUAACACGACGACAACAUCCGUUAAAUGUACGAAUUGGACAAACACUUGUACGAUCUGUGUCAGAUGAGAAACUGACUAGUAACAGUAAAACGAACACCGAAACUCCCAGUGAUCGCGAUCCAUUCACACCAACUCGACAAAUGUUUAGUGAAAUGACUGGUACAGAUAAUCUGACUGGUGACUAUGCGCCGCGUCCGACACCGGACGAUGCAGGUCGAUCAUCAGGUUUUACCUAUUCUACUGAAGAUCAAUUAAUGGUAAAACCAACACAUACUCGUCUGACGUCAUCUGAAGAUUUAAUUGAUGAUAUGCCCACAGUUGAAGUCCGAGGAAAUUAUAAAUUAAUCAAAAGUUCAACAGGUCAAGUGUAUAAAACUAUCGAUUCUUCUUAUUAUCAACAACAUCAACAUCAAUCAAGUACAGCUAGUAAACAAUUUCCUGCUACAAGUCAAUUGAGUGAACUAAACUUAACUCAGUUAGAACUGUUAGAAAAUUAUGAUCCAGGGAUAUCCGAGAAAAUUGGUGCUGCUUUUAUACCUGUACAAAUAUUAGCUAGACCGAAAGAUGCAGCUGAUGUGUGUUCAAUGACUAUUAAUGAAAUUGAACAAAAGUAUCCGAAAAAAAGCGGUCAACCAGUAUUUAAUCUUCCUCGAUCACAUACAUCAAUUAAUAUUGCUCAAACUCUUCAAUUAACAAAAUCAAAACGUUUGCCUGUAACACGUCAAACAACGUUAGAAUGUAGGUCAAAUGAAGAAGAAAUGAAAUCAAUUCUAAAUAUAGUACCGUAUGAAAAUCAACAAGCGUUAGUUAUUCGUACUGUUGCACCACCUCCACCAACAAGAAUAAAUGAUUUUUUACGGCAUACAAAUUCCACAAGAACAUCAUGGAAAAAUAAUCAAACAAAUUCAAAUUCAAGUGAAGAUAGAAAUUAUUUAAGUGUACUCGCAAGAUCAUUAGAUGAACAAUGGGCCAUUUUUGAUCAGUUACAAGAAGACGAAAGAAUGCAGUUAUUAGAGAAGAAUUUGAGUGUAUUAAAUAUCCGAACAAAACAGGAAGUUGUUCAAAUGCGUAAAAGUCCCACGAAGAAAUACUAUGGCGAUACAAAUCCUACUGUUCGUCCUGUUAAAAAACUAUCAAUAAUUACGGGAAAUGAUCAAAAUCAGACUCAACGCAAUAAAUUAAAACAAGGAAGACCAAUACCCAGCGUUUUUCUCACACAAGAUCCUGAUGAAGCUCAGCAUGCAGCAUCAAUUUAUUAUCAAGCGCGUAAAGACACCGAUAUUAAACGUGUUUUUAAAGGUUUUGUUGAGCAAAAUUAUUCUAAAAGAUUAUCGGCCGAAGAAAGAAAACGUCGUGAACAAGAGCAAAUGGCUGCUAUUAAAAUUCAACGAGCUUAUCGUGAUCAUCUAAAACGUCGAACAUUAAUAGAAAAUCGUUCACCUGACACGUCAUGGAAAGAUCAUUAUCGACAACACCGGAGAGCUUUGUCUGCGAAAAAAGCCGUGCAUGUUGAAGAUAAUAUAUUCGAACAACAAAGAAUUCAUCACGAGAACGAUGCCUAUUUGAAUAAAAUAAAUGAUACUGGACCUUCUGUUCAGAUAUUUGCAAGUUUCAAUGAUAUUGAUGAGAAAUUUUCUCGAAAAACUCUUGCUCGUGCUGCAAUUUGCAUUCAACGAUGGUGGCGUGGUCAUUCAGUUCGAAAUCGUUUGAAAAAUCUUAAGCAAGAGGUAGCUCGAGCUGGUUUCACCUGGACCAAUUUUUCACAACGAUAUCGCCAAGUAAUUCGUCGAAUACAAGAACUAAGAGGAGUUGAAAAGCCAAAAUUUGUUUUUAAUACAAGUGAAGCACGUGCAUUUUUGAUACAUGAAAAAAAAUUGACCACCAUUUGCAAAGCAUUGUCGUUUAAUAAUAAAAUUGAUGUAGCAGAUAUAACCAAAUUGUUUGAAUAUUGUGAUUUGUCAGCAAGCAAUUAUGAAAUUAAAGAAGCAUUAGACGCAGUAGCAUUACAUUAUUCCGUGGAUCUGAAUGAACCGUUUAGUCGGACAAUGGCACUCGAUGUUCUCUAUUACGUCUAUCCACCAAAAGGAACUAAAUUACUCAUAUCAAGAAAAUCAACAUGGGUGAGGCCAAUUGUAGAUGGUGAAGAUGAAAGUGCUUUGAUAGGUACACCUUAUUUGGAACCAACAGAUAUGAAUGUGAUCUAUAAAUUUUUGUCGAAAGAAGCAAAAGAAAGGGACCAACAAUAA